ACAAUGCGAAAAGGAAGGUCCGUGAUCCCCGAGCCAACUUCGAGCAGUCCGUACGUGUUCUGAAGCACGCCAAAGAGGUCCAGCCCCGCGUCAUUACUAAAACCUCCAUCAUGCUGGGGCUAGGCGAGACUGAUGAACAAGUAUAUUCCACGAUGAAAUUGUUGCGGGAAGCAGAUGUGGAUUGUUUGACCCUAGGACAGUACAUGCAACCAACAAAACGUCACUUAAAGGUUGAGGAAUACAUAACACCUGGAAAAUUUAAAUACUGGGAAAAAGUAGGAAGUGAUCUCGGAUUCCAUUACACUGCUAGUGGGCCAUUAGUGCGCUCCUCUUACAAAGCAGGUGAAUUCUUUUUGAAGAACUUGGUAGAAAAAAGAAAGACAAAAGCCAUCUGAAAAUGGGAAGGAGCCUAUUUAAAGCAGCCAGUUUUGAGGAUCCUUUUUUCAGCGUGUAAUUACGCUCACUUCCAGAAAUGCAGAAGACCAGAUGGAGGAUGUAUGAAUAAACUUACUAUCUUUCCAGAACACUUUACUCCCACCAAAGCACUUCACAUUAUUUUACCUCGUUCCUUCUGGCAAGGCUACAACUACAUAGUACU